AUGCGGGAAAAUUCUGCUGGAAAAUUCUACUUUCAUCAGUUACCUGAUCAUACUCUUAUUAUGGCAAAGAAGAAGGACGUAAAGGAACUAGAGUUGGGAGCCUGCAUCGCCAAACCCAAUCUUCAAUGGGAGGCAGGUAUAUACACCAUGAGAAAGCUUCUGGAGAGUUUUCAGUUGCCACGUGUGAUAAGAUGUGACUCCAGUCAUUUUGAUUUGCCCACUGACAGUAAAAGCUUUAAUAUGGCUCAACCAAUGUUAUUGUACCGUCAAAGGUCUGUCAGAAAACUUGUGGCGAGUAACCUGAAUUAUGAUAAAUCAAAAGGAAAAUACGUAGUAAUUGGUGACCCGCUUUUGAUCCCUGAAGAUUACAAAGGAUGGUUUGCACACUUUGGAGACCCUAAUACUAUUACAGACGAUCCGGCUAUACCGGUUUAUACCACCGUUAAAAACACGGCAGCCAGUGGAGCUACGAAAUUUUUGAUUGGUGGUACAGAAAAAAUUGUUGGUCUUCAAAUGCCAUCCAGUAAAACAUCAGAAAGACCAGACAGCAGAUCUGUAUUUCCCGGCGAUGUAUUUAAGGUAUCCGGAACGUACGUAGCUACCACUAAAUACACCAAGAAAAGAGCUUUUAAAGACAAAAUUUUAAGCAGAGAAGAACAGUUUUUAUUGUGUAUUGACGAGGGUGAUAGAGAAGUGUUACUACCCUUUGAGGCAAAGGGUCAAUUUCAUAUCCUAACUUCAUCUAAAGACAAUGUCAAAGUGCCCGUGGUGCAACUUCAUAAGAUCAAGCAAUUUCCUUGCGUUCUAAAGCUUGUUUAUGGUCGCGGUCCAUCAACACCAUGUUCUUUUACAGGGACCUUACUGUUUUCUGCUACAUUUAUGGAAGAAUCUGUAGUGUCAUCAACGGUGUUCAAUGUGAAAAAUAUCUUAUUAGAGAUCCCCGUGGAAACCGUAUUGAAAUACAACGUUGCCAAAAAUAACCAAGAACUCAUACAAAAUAGGGGCUAUAAAGAAGCAAUGGUGCUGUAUAAAGAAAGGGCUGAACUAUACAUGAGGCAGAUAAAAGUGUCCAUUGUUAUGCCAGAUACACUUGAUGAUGUUUCCCUAUACUCGGGACCGGAACACAGAGCCCCUUUACCACCGACCAGAAUCCGAAAAACUAGUACACCCGUUCGUCAAAGUGCUUACGAACAACAUUGGCUCCCUAAAACGAAAUCGACGACUCAUUUAGAACUGUUAUCACAGAAGGUUCCCAUCCAAUCAAACUCGAAUGUGACUCUCUGUUUUGGUAAUAGUUCUUUUAAAAUUCCCGUGGACCACCGAGGAACUAUAAAAGUGCAAAAAACAUACAGAGGUCGCCCUAAUCAGUAUUCAGUAACUCAAAUGUUUUCUUCUCCACAGCAUGAUGUUCCGAAUAUAUCUCCUUCUUCUCCGAGGUCGAGCUCUCCUGGUUUAGGGCGCACAGAUUCGAGCUCUAGCGUUGAGGUCGUUUAUGAGAACGUAACUUUGUUAAGAAGAGUUGUGAAAGAUGAAAUACCCGAUCUCCCUCCACCCGUUCCGUCUCGCGCUCCGAUGUAUCGCAUGAGCACAGAAGAAUUCAACACAAGUGCAUUUGAUAACCUUCAACUAGGAGCUACAGCAUUUUCGACAUCCAUUGAUACUCAGAGUGUAGCUGACUCUGGAGUUGGUGGUGAGGAUUUCCAGAGUUCUGAACUUGCUGCUCAAUCUGUUAAUGACGUACAAGUAAUUCUAAGACAAUAUGGUAUUAAAGAGGAUACUCUGUCAAUCAUGAGGGCCCAAAAACUGGAUGGAAAAGCACUAUCUAAAAUGGACCUCGGUUCUUUACAAAAGGCCUUUCCUAGCGUAAAAAAACUUGAAAUCAGAAAGAUAGCAUUGUUUAUUGAAUCUAGAGGACAAAUGCUCUAA